GAUGGAGCAAACUCUGGUAAUAUAGAGGUCCAGAUUGUAGAUGAUGAGGCCCCAGAGGUGGAUGAAGUGUUCAUUGUUAGUCUGACCAGAGUGGAGAAAGUGAACCCUGAUAACAGCACAUUUGAACCAUCACUUGCAUCAGCUGACAUUACUGCUGAAGUACUUAUAAGCGCUAAUGAUGGCACUAAAGGAGAGGUUUACUUUCCUGCUGAUUCUGCCAGGAUUACAGUCAAUGAAACCAAUGUAAACUUCUCCCUGACCAUAGUUCGAGGACGUGGAACAUUUGGCAAUGUGUCUGUGUUUGUAUAUGCCAGGAGCUUAGGGGAGGGAGCAAGGACAGAACAGGACUACUCUGUGAAGACACAGGAUGUGGUAUUCCUUGAUGGAGAAACCACCAAACAGGUUAUGGUUCAGGUGUUUGAUGAUAAUGAAGCAGAGGCAGAUGAACAAUUUGAAGUGGUAUUAGCUAGCCCAAAGGAAGGUUUACUGUUGGGAGAGCCACACAGAGCUGUCAUUACUAUCACAGCCAAUGAUGGAGCUGGGGGGACUGUCAACUUUGACUCUGAUGCCAACAUCACCCUGGUGGAACCCACUGGUGCCAACACCCUGGGAAGCAAGGCAGAACUCAGGCUAACUAGGGGCCCUGGGGUGUUUGGGGUGGUGGUUGUGCCAUUUUUAGUUCUGGCUUCCAAGGGUGGAAAUGUCACUGAUGUCACACCUGUAGAUGGCUUUGUUACUUUUCAAGAUAGAGAGGGCAGCAGAGUGCUUCAGAUCUCAGCUGUAGCAGACAACAUUCCUGAAUUACUUGAGGCAUUCACUGUGAUUCUGGGACCACCUCAAGGGGGAGCCACAUUAGGCAAUGUCAGACAUAGAACUAUUUUCAUUGCUGAAAAUGAUUCACCUUAUGGUUUAAUGCAGAUAUAUCCUAUGGGAAUGAGGAAUAGCAGCAUAAGUGUUGAAGAAAGUGUGGGUCAAGUUUACUUUGAAAUAAUUCGAUCUCAAGGCCUUCUUGGUCGUGUAACUGUAGAUGUCGCCACCAGGUCUGACAGUGCACAGCAAUCCCAGCUUGUUUUUGGUGUCAACCUCACCCUAUCUUCUACACAAACCAUAAAGUCCACAGGAGCAAGUAGUUGGCACAGUUUCAAGAUGGCAGACAUGAGCUACGCCUUGUUGGUGAAUAGUCAUAAUGCUAGAGGGUUCAAUACAACCAUAGGGAGUGAUGGUUCUGCAGGAUUCUUGACUGCAAAUGAUAUACGUACAUCUGUGAUCUAUAGAUGGCAAGGAGUCUAUGUGCCCAUACAGACUAUUGAAACAGAUGGUGGUACCAAAGCCACCUCAUUCACAUAUACAAGCCGUGAAUAUAUCAUCAUAGCUAACCAUGGUAGCCUGGGGAGAUAUGAGACUUAUACAAGAGUGUAUGCAGUACUGGAUUCUGGGACCUUACAAGUGCUUCAAGACAUUCCAUCCAGAGGUGCCAAAGAUGUUACAGUGUUCACAGCAGGGGGGCAGAAUUACCUGGUGAUAGCCAACUAUAUAGACAAUAACAUGAACACCAAUAUAGACAGUGCAGUAUACCAGUGGGAUAUGAACAACAGGAGGUUUAUUAACACACCUGUACAGAUGUUGUCCACACAUGGAGCUUCAUCUGUGACCACCUUUGAAAUAUCAGGGACCACCUACCUGGCUGUAGCUAACCACUAUGAUUCCCAGCAGCAAGAUUAUGAAAUAGAUUCUGUGAUUUUCAAGUUUGGAACAGACAACCGUUUCACUCUUCACCAGUCAAUUCCCAGUAAGGGUGCAACUGCAGUGGAAGCCUUUACUGUUGGUGCCACCACCUAUUUAAUGAUUGGAAACAAUAGGAAUAAUGCUCAAAACAGCCAACAGAUGUCAGCACUUUACAAAUGGGAAAAUAAUGCCUUUGUAAAGCAGCAAGAUAUCACUACCAAUGGGGUCCAGAGUAUUAAGUCAUAUGUAGCCAAUAAUGGUAUACGACAAUUAGCUGUUGCAAAUGCAGAAGGAAAUUCACAAAUCCUGAUCUGGAAUGGUGCCAGGAACCAGUUAGAUGUGACCUGGACUGGACCCCCUGCAGUGGACCUUCAGCCAAUCAGAAUUGAGCAAGAAUCAGGACCAAUCACACUCAUUGCAGAAGCUGCAGCAGGCACUACAUUGAAAGAGUCCCAUUUAUACCUGACCUCUCUACUUGGGGAUAGUGAUUAUGUUCCAAGCCCUGUGUUCUUUGGAGAAUCCAGGACCACAACAUUGAUAUUUGAACCUGGCAGAAGAAGGCUGGAGACAGCAAUCACUGUUCUGGAGGAUGAACUCCCAGAGGACACCGAAACAUUCUAUGUCUACCUCCAGAAUCCCCAAGGCGGGGCAGAGCUGGGACCACACAGGGAGACAGCCAUUCAUAUCCUGGCUAAUGAUAAUGCCUAUGGGAUCAUCGAGUUUGCUGAUGACUCUCUGGUGAAGAGAGUAGAAGAGUUAGAUGGCCGAGACAACAGAGUUCAACUCAAUGUAGUCAGAACCAGGGGGACAGUAGGAUCGGUCAUUGUGCACUGGACAGCAAGUGGUGACCAUAAUGGACAAAGUGACAUCUCACCACUAGAGGGCACUGUUGAGUUCCCCCCAGGCCAGUCUGUGGCUACUAUCACACUGACCAUCAAACAAGACACUGAUCCUGAGAAUGAUGAGCUGACUUUUAUCACAUUGGACAGAGUAGUGAACUCUGGGUCCGCAAUCCCUGGAGAGGGAGCUACUAUUGGAACAAAACAAACCUCCCGUCUGACUGUGAUAGCAAAUGAUUCGCCAUAUGGUGUGGUGUCAUGGCAGAACACUAGUAUCACCAGUGUAGAGCCCACAGUGGAUACAACUGUGUCUCUCGUUAUUAUCAGAGAGCAGGGGGCACAGGAGGCCAUACAAGUUGCCUACAUCACUGAGCGUGACAUCUCACUCCCAAGUAGCCAGCAGGCAGUGUCAGGCAGGGACUACCAGUCAAAACAGGGGUCUGUUACCAUGCAGGCAGGGGAGACCAGUGCUGAAGUACAGAUCACCAUUAAGCCUGAUGAUGACCCAGAGCCAGCCGAGACCUUCCUUGUCAACAUCACAGGUGUCCAGCUGAUAGGACAGAGUAACCUGCCCAUUGGUGCCCAGCCCAGUAUCAAGAGACCAGGGAACAUUGUCACUGUUACCAUUGCAGAAAAUGACAACGCUCGGGGAUUUGUCCAGUUUAAUGUGACCAAGAAUAUUGAAGGGAGACUUGAUACAUAUGAAGAGCCUGGCAAGAGCAAUAUACUAAGUCUUCCCCUCAGUAGAAGUGUGGGUUUCUUUGGCACUGUGUCUGUCACAUGGCAGGCUGUACCGAGGACAGCAACUACUGAUGAUUUCACUCCGUCCAGUGGUACAGUCACUUUUGUUGAGGGUCAGAAGACUGCGUAUCUCAACAUCUCCAUCCUGGAUGACCAAAUACCAGAAGAUGUAGAGACAUUUGAGGUGCAGUUGCUGGGUGUUACUGGAGGGGCAGUCCUGGGGGCAGAGACCAGUGUCACUGUGGCCAUUAUGAAAAAUGAUUCACCAUAUGGACUCUUUGGGUUUGCCACCACUCAGAAAACUGUUCAAGAAUCCAAGACAGAAACUGAUGCCAAUGGGCAGGUGACCUUUGACAUUGUUCGUACUCAGGGAUCAGAGGGCACAGUGACAGUGGGAUGGAGACUGGAGGCUGCGGCACAGAAUGAUUUCCAGCCGCCGUGGGCUGGAACUGUUACUUUUGGUCCUAGUGAGACAAGUAAGAGUAUCACUCUGCGUACCCGUCGGGACACCAUAUUGGAAGGCGAGGAACAGUUCAGACUGACACUGAUCUCUACAGACCUUGGAGAAAUCUCUCCCAUCAGUGGUGAAGCUACAAUUGUCAUCCUUCCUGAUGCUGGUGCUACAGGGAUUAUUUCAAUAUUGGAUGACUACAAACAUAUCUUUAUAGGUGAACCUAGCAGCUCAUUCUCAGGUCGUGCAGUGAUCAGACUCGGCCGAGGUAUUGGUAAUUUUGGAGAGGUCAAGGUUGGCUGGCAGAUCACCCCCAGCACGCAGGCUGUCAAUGCAUUCACACAGGCCACAGGGGAAGCAACUUUUGCUGAUGGACAACAGUUUACAGAAAUUAAUUUACAGGCUGAAGAUGAUGACAUUCCUGAGGCCAGAAUGACCUUCACCUUGAAAAUCACCUCAGCUACAGGAGGUGCUACCAUCUCCACUCUGCCGGGGGCAAAUGAGGCUACAGUUGUUAUGGUAGCCAGUGACUAUCCUCAUGGGUUAUUUGAAUUCAGUCCACCAGCUCAAAUAACUGAGAUUGAAUUUGACAAACAGGUAUCAGUCUCCAUCGUCAGAAAUGGAGGAAGCACAGGCCAAGUGAGGGUCACCUUUGCCACCUCUCCUGGUACUGCCAUUGCAGGCCAAGACUAUGUGGACCAGUCUGGAUCACUGACCUUUGCUGAGGGUCAGACAAGGCAGACGGUCAUCAUAAGAAUCAGAGAUGAUGAUGUGCCAGAAGGACCAGAGCAGUUUUAUGUGAAUAUCACAAAAGUGGAACUUCAAACACCAAGCAUCAACAACUACACAUUACUGCCCAAUGGACUUCAACUGGACAUGCCUCCAGGAUUAGGGCCCCUGUCCACCAAGAUUAUUGUCAUAGACAAGAAUGACAAUGCUGAGGGGGUUAUUGAGUUUGCACCAGAAUCCAUCAGCUUUAUAGCCAGAGAAGAAGGAGGCAUAGCCAGGGUACCUGUGAUACGCAAAUUGGGUUCCUAUGGACGUGUGUCUGCCACAUUUUCAUCAAGUGGUAAAACAGCCACAGCGGGACUGGACUAUCUUCUCCAGGAUGGGGAGAUUGUGUUUGGGGAUGGAAUGAUGUAUAAUACCAUAAAUAUUACUGUGAGAGAUGACAGCGACAGGGAGAUGGCUGAAACUUUGGACCUGAGACUGACUGGGGUCUCUGGAGGUGCCAGACUUGGUGCUCAGACAACCUCCAUGGUGACCAUAGCCAAGUCAGACUAUCCCAAUGGCAAGUUCAGUUUCCUCGGCCAGACUGAGAUUAUCAUACCAAACCCUGCACAACCCAGGCAGCUCACUUUUACUAUUGCCAGAACUGAGGGCCAAGUUGGCUUCCAAACACUACGCUGGAGAAUCUUGGGGCCAAACAACUUCAAGUUAGUCCUUGAAGAGACCAAUGAUGUGGCCUACCAGUUGAACAACAGGGAGUUGACCAGUGGUACCUUGAGCUGGGGGAACAAUGAAGGUGGAGCCAAGACCUUCACACUGACCAUCAAACCUCACACUGUAUGGGAGAUCCAGAAGAUAUUUGUGAUAGAGAUAUUGGACAUUCAGGCCUCGCCUCCUGGGGAAACCAACGGAGAGGUGGACCCUCUGGCAGGCAAUGUUACCCUUACUAUAUUGAAGCAUGGUGACCCCAAUGGUAUAGUACAUUUCUCUGGUGUAGCCCAGUCUCCCCGCACUGCUGUAGAGCCCUCAGCUGUGGAAGGAGGGAGGCUCCUCAGCUUUCCUCUCUAUAGAAGGGAAGGAACUAUUGGAAAUAUUGUGGUCCAGUGGCAGGUUGUAGGGCCCCAGGGAUCAGUGCCUGACAUUGAACCAAUGAAGGGAAACACUACCAUUGCUGCUGAAAAAAGGGAUUCUGAGAUUUUGCUGAGAAUUCUGCCUGACGAUGAACCUGAACUUGAUGAAACCUUCACAUUACAAUUGCUAAGGGUAGAAGGAGGAGCUGAGGUUGACACCCAGUUUAACACUUCAACUUUUACCAUACAAUACAAUGAUGACCCUCAUGGUGUGUUUGGUGUGGAGUCCAAGUAUCAGACUGUCAUAGUGGACACAGUAGACUACAGCCGCCAUGUUAGAAUCAACAUCACCAGGUUUGCUGGCAGUGUGGGCACUGUGCGCAUUAGCUACGGCAUUGUUUAUGAUCAGCCUGAGCUUCAGUCUAACAGAACAAAAAGACAGGCCCAGUCUGGUAUAACAUAUGUUCCUGGCACAGACUCGGUCACUUUCCAACCAGGGCAGACAUUUGCCAUCAAGACACUCAGGGCGGCUAAUGAUGUUUUCUUAGAGGAAGGGUCAACCUUUACACUGACUCUCACAGAUGUCAACUAUAUUGGAGUUGCAGUGGCUACACCCCCACGCCUUGCCGCAGGACAGGCUGUUGUCAAGGUAGUCGUUCCUCCAGAGGCAGCCAAUAGCAUCAUUGGAUUUGACAAGACAGUUGUGAAUGUCAAUGAUACUAAUGGCAUAGCCAGUCUGGUAGUGAGCCGCAGGGGGACAUAUGGACGUGUAGAGGUGGAUUGGCAAACAGGGUAUCCCCAGGGUCAGGCACCCCAGGGUUUUGCUUCAGGGACUAUUUCCCCAGAUGCUGCCACAGUGAUCCUAGAACAUGGAAUUCCAUUCAAAAUUGUUAAUGUGCAGGUAUUCCCAGUAUUUGGCUUCCCAGAACUUUUUGCUGCUCACAUAGCAGCCGCUCCCAGGACGCCUGACUCCGUUGCUGGUGGAGCCAGACUCAACAAUGGCUUCACACUGGUAGAGAUAGAGCCGUCUGGGGUCAUGGAGUUCGCUCCUAACUCUAGAGAUAUUAGUGUAGAUGAAAAUGCUGGCGAGGUGAGACUCCACCUAAGACGUGUGUAUGGCUCUAAUGGCAAUGUGGUGAUAAGAUAUGCUACCAAUGGUGCAACUGCCACUGCUGGGGCUGACUUCACAGAACUUCGAGAUGGGUCAACUAGAAUGACCAGCAUGCAGACAAAUGCCACUGUCCUAGUAGAGAUCAAACCAGACAAUCUACCUGAGACAGAAGAACAUUUUUUUGUCAAUUUGACCAUGGUGGAAAGCCUGCCCACCAAUGCAAGACAAGGAAUAUCUCCACGCCUCAGCACCAUGGCCUCUUCAGCCAAGAUAACCAUCAACAGGAACAGUGACCCAUAUGGUGUACUCAGUGUCACAGCAAGUCCUGCUGUUGCCCCAGAGUGCAAUUCCUCUGUGACAACGCCUGUGUGUCUUCUGCCAUCUGCAGUUCGGUUGACUGUUUUCCGCUCAGGAGGUACAUUCGGCACAGUGUCAGUAAAGGUUCGCACAGUUGGUGGUGGAGAAGCAUGGGACAGAUUGAUAGUACAGCAGGCAUCAGAUAGGAAUGACACCAUAGGUCAAAUACUAGCCAAUAGAAAUCCAGACCCAUUCAGCCAUGCUGCACUAAAUAGUGAUUACCAGGUGCUGGACACAGAAGUGACCAUGUUGGAUGGUGAGGUCCAGAAAGUAGUUACUCUGGACAUAUUAGAUGAUACUAGACCAGAGCCUGAUGAGUCCUUGUUUGUUUAUUUGACUGAGCCUACAGGGGGAGCUAGGAUAGCUGAAGGACAAUUGGAUGGUACAAAAAGGGGUUAUGCCAUGGUUAUUAUAAGGAAGAAUGACAACUGGAAUGGAGUCAUUGGAUUCAGAGGAGAUUCUCUUUAUGUGACAGCUGAUGAAGAUGGAGAUGCUGUGGCAAGACUCACUCUUAUCAGAGUGAAUGGUUCAUUUGGAGAGGCAAGGAUAAAAUGGAAAGUAGUUGGAGCAGACGACCAGGUGGUAGACGUGGAGGGAGAGGCUGUGUGUGCUGUGGGGCAAACCACAUGUCCUCUCAAUGUACUCCUCAGAAAAGAUGAUAUCCCAGAGUAUGCUUCAAGCUUCCUUGUCCAGUUACCAGCUCCAGAAGACUCUGCUGCUGGAUACAGAGUCAAUGAUGCCAGCAAAGUGGCCAAUGUUACCAUGUUACCCAGUGAUUACCCUGAUGGGCUGGUGCAGUUUGCCCAGACAUCUUUAUUGAAGACAGUUGGUAAGAAUGAAAGGAGUGUCCGGCUGGAGGUCCAGAGGAUCAAGGGCAAAGGUCAGACUGUCCAAGUGGACUAUGCCACCAAAUCAGUGGACACACCUCAGUCCAUAGCUGGUGUUAGGGUCUACUCUGCACUGGACAAGGCAGACUACAGUGCUGUGUCAGGAAAACUCCUCUUUGACGCAAAUGUGGAGAGCCAGUAUCUUGUGAUAUCACUGAGUCCAGUGACAGCUUCAGACAACCCUUACCCCAAGAUGUUUCAGGUGGUGCUAGGUAACCCCACCAGUGGAGCCAGUUUAAAUAAGGUGAUGUCUGUGGCCAAUGUGACCAUAGUAGAGACUGAUGAGCAGAAGUUCUGGGACAUCAGGGCAGAGGCUCUCCUUCCAGAAAUGACUGAUAACAACAUCAACAACCUGAUAAAUGACUUGAAGACCACAGUGGGCAAUGAUAGGAGUCUCAGUAACAAUGAAUUGCAUGUGACUGAGUAUAUACUGGACCUGAUGAUCCAAGAGGGAGAAACAAGACC